AACUUAGAGUGGCCAGCCUAGCUUGGGGCAAUUGGCAGGGACGUUUCACCUGCCAUGGCCGAGAAGGACAUCAUCAUUAAGCUCGGCGAUCGGGUUAUUUGCACCGUGAAUGACCAGGUGGGCACGGUGCGCUUCUGCGGGGAGACCUUUUUUGCCCCAGGGCGUUGGCUGGGCCUCGAGCUGGACGAGGCCGAGGGCAAGAACGACGGGGUGGUCCAGGGCUGCCGCUACUUCUCCUGCCCCGCCCAGCACGGCUUGUUUGUGCGCCCACAAGCAGUGCAAUCCUUCAGGCGAAGCCAGGAUGCACUUGCGGACCUGAGUCCGCCGCCGGCUCCUGAGGAGCGGGCGUUUUCUCGGCGCACGGAAGCCGGCUGUGGCGGAGGAGGAGAUGCCAUCGAGCAUGUUCCGGCGGAAACGGAGAAGGAGAUCCAGGCCUGCACGCCCCUCCGCGAUGAAGGCGUUGAGGAGGUUGCAGAUGAACCAACUGAGGCUGGCCCGCGGGAGCUGCCAAGCACGCCGACGGGUUCGCUCCCGCGGCCCAAGAGGAAGGGCCGCUCCCGGCGGCGAGUUUCAUCCACAAAGACACAGGAGGUCGACGUGCAGACGGAGACCUUGAAGGACAUGCCUGUCGAGAAAGUCGUGAACGUAGAAGAAGACGGCAUCCAGCAGAUCAUCAAGUAUGUACCCAUGGAAAGAAUCAUCACCGUGCAGAAGGAGGUGCCGGUGGUCAAAGAAGUCUUCCGGACAGUUGAGAAGAUCAAGGAGGUGAAGGUUCCCGUGGAAAAGAUUGUGGAGAAGGAGGUGGUCAGGGAAGUAGAAGUUGUGAAAGAGAUUCUGGUCGAGAAGAUUGUUGAGAAGGAAGUGAUCAGGGAGGUGCCGGUUGAGAAGAUCAUUGAAAGGCAUGUGAUCAAAGAAGUGCCGGUUGAGAAGAUAGUGGAGGUGGAGAAGGAGGUGAUUAAAGAGGUGCCAGUUGAGAAGAUCGUCGAGAAGGAAGUGAUCAAAGAGGUGCCCGUUGAGAAGAUAGUCGAGGUCCAGAAGGAAGUGCAGAUGGAGAAGCUCGAGCAGAGUCUGGCUGAAAUCCCCGAAAUGCCUGUACAAGGAAGCAAGAAGACGCCUGAGAGGGCAUCCUUUGUCGACCAGGAUGUUCAGACCGACGGCUUUCACCUCUCAGACUGGAUGGGGAACCCAAUGGAACGCACGGUGGAAGUCUUGCAGGAGGGCGUCACUCAAUCGGUGAGGUUCGUGCCCGUUGAGAAGGAAGUUAUCAAAGAGGUGCCGGUUGAGAAGAUCGUUGAGAAGGAAGUGAUCAAAGAGGUGCCGGUUGAGAAGAUUGUGGAGAAGAUAGUGGAAGUGGAGAAGGAAGUGAUCAAGGAGGUACCGGUUGAGAAGAUUGUAGAGAAGAUAGUGGAGGUGGAGAAGGAGGUGAUAAAGGAGGUGCCAGUUGAAAAAAUCGUUGAGAAGGAAGUGAUCAAAGAGGUACCGGUUGAGAAGAUUGUAGAGAAGAUAGUGGAGGUGGAGAAAAUAGUGAUCAAGGAGGUGCCAGUGGAAAAGAUCGUUGAGAAGGAAGUGAUCAAAGAGGUACCGGUUGAGAAGAUUGUAGAGAAGAUAGUGGAGGUGGAGAAGAUAGUGAUCAAGGAGGUGCCAGUGGAAAAGAUCGUUGAGAAGGAAGUGAUCAAAGAGGUGCCGGUUGAGAGGAUCGAAGCGAGCAAGGAAGGGCCAGCUGACAUGUCGUUGGAGAAGGAUAUUGUCACUGUUGAAGGGUCUUCCGUGCCCUUUGAGGAAGCGCAUAUGGAACUGAAAGAGCAGCUUUCCUCCAGCAAAGCAGACGAUGCGGACUUGGAGGGGGGUGCUGCAGAUGUGGAAGAGGACGCGGAGGAGCGGCCUGACAAUCGGCCGAGCCGCACCAAGCAUGAGAGAUUGGAGAAUACCGACGAGGUUCAAUCUGCCAUCCGCCAGGAGGUGACUCAGGCCGUGGCGGCUCUGAAAACGCGGGGCAUCAGCACCGAAGACCUGGACCGGCUCACCGUGGAGCAGAGCGUCCUCCAAGCCGUGCAAGAGGUUCAAGCAGCUGACAGACGUGCCCGAAUACGAACCAUGGUCCUGGAGCAGUUGAAGGAUUGGAUGACCGACGUCUCUGACGAGGUGGAAGCGGCACCGGCCAAGCAGCCUGCGGCGUGGAUCUCCGGAGCUUUAGGAAGCGCAUUGACGUAGCCCAG